AUGUCACAUAAUGAAAAAAAAAUUAUUAAUUUGAGAUUUAAUCAAGAUCACAGUUGUUUUAGCUGCUGCAUGGAAAGUGGCCUUAGAAUUUAUAAUGUGGAACCUUUAGUUGAAAAAGCACAUUAUGAUGUUGAUUUAAUGGGUAGUGUAGCUCAAUGUGAAAUGCUGCACCGAACAAAUUUAUUAGCCAUCAUUUCAGGUGGCGGCAGACCAAGAUUUGCUAAUAAUACAGUUUUAAUUUUUGAUGACAUUUCAAAAGCUUUAGUUCUCGAUUUUACUUUUGUUAGUCCAGUUAAGGCUGUAAGGAUGCAAAGAGACAGAAUUAUAAUAGCUACGAUUAAUCAAAUACAUGUAUUUUCAUUUCCUUCACCUGCUCAAAGAUUAUUAACAAUUGAAACUCGUGAAAACCCUCAUGGACUAUGUGAAAUCACACCAAUGACAUCUGCGGAAAAACAACUUUUGGUUUUUCCAGGGCAUAAAAUUGGAAGUAUUCAAUUAGUAGAUUUAGGUAGCACAGAAAUUGGAACUUCGAGUGCGCCUGUUACUAUAAAUGCUCAUCAAGGUGAAUUGGCUUGUUUAGCAGUAAGUCAACAGGGUACUAUGGUUGCCACAGCUUCAACUAAAGGGACUUUAAUUAGGGUAUGGGAUACAGUUAAAAAAGCUUUAUUAGUGGAAUUAAGAAGAGGAUCAGAUCCUGCGACAUUAUAUUGUAUAAAUUUUAGUAGAGAUUCUGAAUUUCUGUGUUGUUCAAGUGAUAAGGGUACCAUACACAUAUUUGCAUUAAAAAAUACCAACUUAAAUAAAAGGUCGACAUUUUCUAAAAUAGGGUUUUUAGGAAACUAUAUAGAAUCCCAGUGGGCUUUAGCUAAUUUUACAGUGCCUCCUGAAUGCGCAUGCAUUUGUGCUUUCGCUUCCAAAAAUUCAGUUAUCGCAAUUUGCAUAGAUGGAACUUUUCAUAAAUAUGUAUUUAAUGCUGAUGGAAAUUGUAAUAGGGAAUCAUUUGAUCAAGAGGAAAAAAUAUUUGUUUGCAAAAAGUAUUCAGGAAAUAUGUGUAAUCACAUAAAUAUCCUUCAUCGAAAAUGUAUUUUAGUGGAAAUACUUUACUCGUUUUUAGAUAAUAAUCUAAACAGUAGCACCUAA